AUGACAUCAACAACGCAAAAGAUCCAAUGUACUCCUCAGACACUUCAAUUCCUAAUGGAAUUGAGGGGCAAAGAAGUUGUCAAAUUUAUACAUAGAGAAUUUAAUGGAUAUGCGGGUUUAUCGAAAGCCCUUUCUAGUUCUUUAGAUAAGGGCUUGAAUGACACUGACGUAGUUAAGCAGCGAGAAAUUUACGGACCUAACAUUAUACCUCAGAAGCCUCCAAAAUCCAUAUUCCGACUUAUCUGGGAAGCUCUACAAGACAAAACCCUUCUCGUUCUUAUUGGUGCUGCAAUAAUCUCCCUUGGCCUUUCAUUAUAUAUGAAAUUCAAUCCCUCUCGCACAAAUGGCGAACCUUCAGAGAAUGAGACAGGUUGGAUUGAAGGUGUUGCUAUUCUAGUUGCUGUUAUCGUAGUGGUUUUGGUGGUAGCAGUCAAUGACUGGCAGAAGGAGAAGCAGUUUCGUGGCCUUCAAAAUCGAAUUGAGGCUGAACAGAAAUUCACAGUUCUUCGGGGUGGUCUCAUCAAGGAUAUAUCGAUCGCCGAUAUCGUUGUUGGAGACGUAUGUCUUGUGAAAUAUGGUGAUCUGUUGCCAGCCGAUGGAGUUGUUCUUCAAUCGACAGACCUAAAAAUCGACGAGAGUUCUCUAACCGGUGAAUCCGAUCACGUCAAGAAAAGCACCACCCUGGAUCCAACACUUCUUUCUGGAACCCACGUCAUGGAGGGGUCGGGAAGGAUGUUAGUUAUUGCGGUAGGGAAGAACUCGCAAGCUGGAAUAAUCUACUCCCUCCUCAACAAUAUGCAUGGCGACCUUCCCGAAACAGCUGUUCAUCUUGAUUCUCAUGGCAGUCCCAAUGCUGAAGAAUAA